GACAUCCGGGUUACACAAAAGGUUGCCGCGGUCGCCAUGUUGCUGAAUGAAAUUAGCCCUAAAACAUUGACUAGCCGUUAGCAAUAUCGAUAUUUUAUUUUUUUUUCGACUAAUAACAUUUGUUACAGCAUGUGACUUAUUGUAAAUAUGACUUAGGAUUAAUGAAACUACCACAGAAGCCCCAUUCCCUAUUAUUGUGUUUAGACAUAGUAACAGUGUCACGCAAUGCACCAUGGAAGUGGAUCACAGAAUAUGCAACGACAGCUCCAGAGAUCCAAGUCUGUCAGUGGGUCUGAAGCAGAGGAGCAGCAGCAGCCUAACAUGGCAGCUACACAGCAGCAAGCUACAGUUAACCACCCUCAAUCUCCUGUGACCACAUUUUCCUCUGCUGCCAGCCCCUCAGCCCCCCAGUCACCCAAUUAUCAGAUAAUCAUGAGUCGUAGCCCAGUCACUGGCCAGAACAUGAACAUCACAUUACAAAAUGUGGGACAGAUGGUGACAGGUAAUCAGCAGAUCACCCUAACCCCACUCCCCAUCCAGAACCCAGCAUCCCCUGGCUUCCAGCAUACUACACCUCAGUGGAGGUUUGAGCAUGCUCCAUCCUCCUACAUCCAGGUCACCUCGCCUGUGCCCCAGCCCAUUCAGCCCCAAAGUCCCACCCAGCACAGCCCUGUCCCUCUGCAAGGUGUUACAAGGCCAGGAGCACCUUCAACAGCACUGGGUGUGUGUGGACAGAGUCCAACACGAUUUGUGGAAGCAGGUAUGUUAGUGCGGCAAAUCAGUUUAGGUAGUCCAUCGGGAAGUGGCCACUUUGUUUACCAGGAGGGGACAGGACUGGCCCAGAUUGCCUCAGCCACACCUGGCCAAGUACAGCUGGCCUCUGCAGGAGCACCAGGCUCUGUUAGGGAACGCCGGCUCUCUCAGCCUCACUCACAGACUGGAGGCACCAUCCACCACCUUGGACCUCAAAGUCCUGUGGCCACCGGUACUACUCUCCCCACUCUGGGCAGCCCUGGUCACAUCACCACGUCUAACCUACCUCCACAGAUCAGCAGUAUCAUUCAAGGACAGUUGGCACGCCCUAUGAUAUUUGAGAAGACGCCACAGGGUGUGGUUGCUGGAGUAGGAACAACCGCCGCAGCAACUUUCAGUAUACCCGCCUCCGUUCCACCGUCUAGCCCAUCCCUCACCAGUCCACCCCAAGGAAUCCCCAACAAUCCUCUUGCUCCCACCAGCAUGGCUGUGGGCACUUUGAAGAAGCAAGUUCCCAAGAAGUUAGAGGAAAUUGCUCCUUCUACUCCAGAGAUUGCCCAGCUGAGAAAACAGUGCUUGGAGCACCACAACAAGAAGAUGGAGAGCCUGAAGGAGGUGUUCAAAGAGUACCUGAUCGAGCUUUUCUUUCUGCAGCACCUCCAAGGGAACAUGAUGGACUACCUAGCUUUUAAGAAGAAGCCCUGUGUUCCUUUGUAUACUUACUUGAGACAGAAUGACUUGGACCUUGAAGAUGAAGAGGAAGAAGAAGAACAGACUGAGGUCAUUAAUGAUGAGGUAAAGGUUGUUACUGGAAAGGAUGGCCAAGCAGUGACACCAGUUGCCAUAGCAACACAGCUUCCUCCCAAUGUUUCUGCAGCUUUCUCUGCCCAGCAACAGUUUCAGGGACAUCAAGGGGCUGCUGUUGGCACCAUUGCAAAUCCUGGUGACAUGGAUGCUUUUAAGAGGCAACAGGCUAUGGUGCAAGCAGGCGGGAUGCCGCCUACUCCUCAAGCAGUCCAGAUCGCAGGACAGAAGCAGAACCAGCAGCAAUACGACCCAUCCAAAGGCCCUCCAGUGCAGAAUGCAGCCAGCCUGCAUACCCCUCCUCCCCAGCUGCCUGGCAGGUUGAACCAAGGUGCCCUCCCUAUGGCAGGUCUGCCAAUGACACUCUCUCAACAGGCUCAGUUAGUGGAGAAUACAUCUCAGCCCGGUGGUCAGCUUCAGGCACAGGUGAAGGUGCAGGCAGGUGGGUCGGUCCUGGCUACAGUGAACCCCCACACACAGCUCCAGGCCCAACUACAGCAGCAGAUACAGCCAGGUCUUCAUCUUCAGUUGCAGCCUCAGCAGCAACAGUCCCAGGCCAUACUACAGUCAGGACAAGCGACGGUGGCACUUGCUCGCCCAGGUACAGAGUCAAACCAGCCAGUUCAGAGGAUUAUGACCAACUCAAUAUCCAUGACAUCAAUUUCUCCUGCUCCACUUUCUACUCCAAACUCUGUUACAACACCCCAUACUGCAAGUCCUCUCCGUCCUCUUGGCUCUAACAUCAACCCAAGCACCCAGUCCAAACUGACUGGAACCAAUGGCAUAUCCACAGUCAAAAUUGGUGGUUUUGGUCAAACUGCAACCAUGCAGUCAUCACAGGAGGGUUCUCAGGAAAAGCAAGUUGAACAAGCCAAACUGGAGAGUCAAGUGCAUCAACGCAUCUCUGAGCUAAGGAAGGAGGGCCAGUGGUCAGCCAGUAGACUCCCCAAGCUUGUGGAAGCCUCACGUCCAAAGUCCCACUGGGACUACCUCCUGGAGGAGAUGCAGUGGAUGGCAGCUGACUUUGCCCAGGAGAGAAGAUGGAAAGAGGCUGCUGCUAAGAAGCUCGUUCGCACAUGUGCCCGUUACCAUCAAGACCAGAAGAAAAGUGAGGAGAGGUCAAAGAAAGAAAGAGAAAUUCAUCUUCGUCACAUUGCCAGCACAAUUGCCCGAGAGGUGGAAUUCUUCUGGUCAAACAUUGAGCAGGUUGUGGAAAUUAAACUCCAGUUUGAAAUUUAUGAGAAGAGGCUCAGAGCACUCAGCUUACAAAAAGCCUCAGUCAAAGUACCUGGUCAGUCAACAGGAGAGAACGCUGAUAAAGAAGACACAGCCACUUCAACAAAAAAAAGAAAAUCAAAGUCAUCCUUGGUUGAUGAAGAUGUCCCAGAUGAAGAGAGCACCAUAGAAGAACAGGAGGCCAUGGAGGGGGAAGCAGACCACAAAACAGAGUUGGUUGACCUUGCCAAAGAUGCUGAGAUGCCUCUGGAUGCUUUGAUGAAGCAGUAUGCUGGUGCCUAUGUUGACAGCUUUGACUGGCCUCAGCGUAGUCCUCAUAGUGAUGAGGAUGACAUGGAAGAGACUGAAGAAAUGGAGAUUCCUGCGGGGAGUCCACCUGAAGCAGUGUUGAUUGACUCCCUGCUUAGUGUGGACCAGUACCGUGGUGCUGACAAAACCACUUCCUGUGACACUAAUGGGAAGCCUGCCAGAGACAUAGCUGAAGUAGCUGCUGCCACAGAGCUCAUCUUACCCAAGGGCAGCUUCAGGACCACUUCCUCAACCCGCAGCGCAGCUCCUUUUCUAUUGCAUGGGUCGCUUCGAGAGUAUCAGCAAAUUGGUGUGGACUGGCUGCUAAACCUUUACAAGAAACACCUCAAUGGCAUUCUAGCCGAUGAGACCGGUCUUGGCAAGACUGUGCAGACAGUGGCUUACAUGGCCCACCUAGCUGGCCAAGAGGGCAUCUGGGGACCCCACCUUAUUGUAGUAAGGACAUGCAAGUUGGUAAGUUGGGAGGUGGAGUUCAAGCGCUGGUGCCCUGGCCUUAAGAUCCUCCUGUACCUUGGCAACAGACGGGAGCGCAGAUCUAAGAGAAUGUGGUGGGGGGAGGCCAACAGCUUCCAUGUAUGUGUGACCUCCUACAAGCUGCUGAUGAAAGACCAGAGCCAUUUUCUUAGGAGAAAGUGGAGGCACCUGGUCCUGGAUGAGGUGCAGCUCAUAAAAAACAUGACUGAGAAACACUGGGAAACAGUCUUUGCUCUCAGAAGUGAGCAGAGGAUUCUACUCAUCAACACACCUCUACAGAAUACUCUAAAGGAGCUGUGGACCUUGAUCCACUUCCUUUUGCCAGGAAUCACCAGGCCCUACUCUGACUUUCCUGUUAAGGCAGGUACAGAUCAGAACCAGGACUACUGCCACAAACUGGUCAUCCGCCUGCACAGGAUGAUCCAGCCUUUCAUCCUGAGACGCUCCAAAAGGGACGUAGAGAAACAGCUGCCCAAGAAGUACGAGCACAUCCUUAAGUGUCGUCUCUCCAGCAGACAGAAGAGCCUUUACGAGGAUAUUCUCACUCAACCAGGAGCCCAGGAAGCGCUAAAGACAGGCCAUUUUGUCAGCGUGCUUCAGGUUUUGAUGCAGUUACAGCGAGUGUGUAAUCACCCUGAGCUCGUGGCACCCAGAGAGACCAGCAGCUCCUAUGUUUGCUCCUCUCUGCAGUACAAUGUUCCAUCACUGGUGCUGGGAGCUCUUCAGAAUGACUCGACCAAGAUUGCAAACAUAUCCAUAUUUGAUCUGAUCAAUAAUGAGAACACACUGACCCGGUAUCAGACUGAAGAGGUGGUACCCAAACUUAAGGUCACUCAGCAGCUCAUAGAGGAGAUCUACACCAGUCCAGAUCCACCACCUCGACCCAAACAAUGCCUGAUAAAACCCAUGAGAUUGUUCCAGCCAGUGCAGUAUGGGACAAAGCCAGAAGGUCGUCUGGCUGCCAUCACAAGUGCAGCAGGCCAGCGUCCUCCAAGCUCCCCUGCUAGCACCUCUGCCUCCUUCACCACCAGCCAGUCAGCCCAGAGCAGAGGCAAGUCCCCUGUGACUACUGCAACUACUACAACUACUUCUCAUGCAGUUGGAACGGCUACUCAGAGAGCCCAGACUACCCCUCCUGUCAGCAGCAGCAGCAACAACACUGCCGCCUCCGCUGUAGCCUCCUCUGGGAACAGUGGCAUUGGGCAGCAUGUGUUGGGGGCUGCCCCUGUGGCCUUGGGCCAGACCUUAGCUGGUGCAGUUGUGGGAUCUAUAGCUCCCAUCAGCCAGCCUGGAUUAGCACAGGUCCCCCGGCCAGCUCUAGCCCCCAGCCAUGCCAUCCAGCCCAGCUUACUGUCCCAGAGGCUGGUUCUUACAUCCCAGGCCCAGGCACGGUUGCCUAGCGGAGAUGUGGUGAAGAUUGCCCAGCUGGCCAACAUAGCAGGCAGUCAGAAUCGUAUCUCCCAGCCAGAGACUCCUGUCACUCUGCAGUUUCAGGGCAACAAGUUCACUUUGUCCCCCAGCCAGCUCCGCCAGCUCACCACCGGACAGCCCUUGCAGCUCCAAGGUACACUCGGAAACAUCCUGCAGAUUGUGUCAGCUCCAGGGCAGCAGAUCAUCAGGCCCCAGGGAUCCAUGGUAAUGCAAACAAUGCCACAAGCUGUUCCUGCCUCCAACGCCUCAUCAACACCUGGCACACCUCAUCCUACCCUAACAACAGCCCAACAAGCAUUGGGUGGGACUGCAAAUGCCACAUCAGCCCCCACCAAGCUCACUACUGCAGGUCAUGCUGGUUCUCAAGAGUCCUCAGAAGAAAAAACUCAGCAAUUGAAGGAGCGUUUAGGUCGCCUGUUUGAAGCAAAUGAGCGACGCUGCAGCCGCAGUGUGUUGUAUGGGUCAGACCUGCUGCAGGCAUGCACUUUGAGCUCAGAGCCUGGUCACUCUGCCCUGACUGCUGGAGGCUGGAGGUGGGUGGGCAGAGAGAGCUGCCUCAGGGCUCAGAGAACCUGUGUGGCGACCACCUCUACACUGCAGUCCACUCUGCUCUCUGUGGAAGACCGCCUUGAGGCUGCCAACAGCCUUAUCAAGAGGCUGGUAUGUGUUGUGCCUCCAGCUGUAGCACCACCUCCUUACCUGUAUGCAGCCAAUCCCCCAGUUCCCUACAGCCUUGAGCAGAAGUCUCUUCGCCGUCGGCUAAAAGAGGCCUCUGCCCCCCACAGUGCUGACAUCCACGACUUGGCGUCCAGGCGUCUCUUCCAUUUUCCUGACCUGCAGCUAAUGCAGAUGGAUUCAGGUAAACUGGAAGCUCUAGCCAUUCUGCUGCAGAAGCUUAGAUCAGAGAGCCGCCGUGUCCUAAUCUUUACUCAGAUGGUGAAAAUGCUAGACAUCCUGGAGGCCUUCCUAGACUACAGGCAGCUCACUUAUGUGCGGCUUGAUGAAAGCUUCACUCCUGAUGAACGACAGGAGAAUAUGAAGAAGUUUAACAGGAACAGGCAGGUGUUCUGCAGCAUCCUGACCAACCGCUGCUGCUCUGCAGUUGGGACUGUGUUUGAUGCAGACACCAUCAUCUUCUACGACACGGACCUCAAUCCCAGCAUGGACGCCCGCACCCAGGAGUGGUGUGACAAAAUAGGACGUUCCAAGGAUAUACACAUAUACAGGCUGGAGAGUGGGAACUCCAUUGAAGAGAAGUUGCUGAAAAACGGCACCAAGGACCUGAUCAGAGAGGUGGCUGCCCAGGGUACUGACUACACCUUGGCUUUCCUCACACAACGGACAAUCCAGGAUCUGUUUGAGGUGGAGGCAGGGUCAGGGGAGAAGGUGGAGGAGUUUGUGGUUCUUCACCAGGAGCCAUCGGCAUCUGAAGCCAUUUCUCCCAAAGUGGCCAGACCCUACAUCCAGGCUCUCUACAGCAUAAACCUGGAUGCCCUGCCAGGAGAAGAUGAUCAGCAGCAGCAGGAUGAGGAGUUAGCAGGCAAAGAGUCAGCAGAAGACAUCCAGGAGUCAGAGAGCCAAUCUAAAGAAGAGCCUGCUCAGAUUGAGGAGCUAAAUGCAGUCAUGGAACAGCUUACACCAAUCGAAAGGUAUGCCCUGCAUUACCUUGAGUACCUCCACAUCAGUGAUGAUGAAACUGCUCUCAAGGAGCAGUUGAAGUGCUCUAAAAGGGGCUGGGAGCUGCAGCAGCUGCAGAAGCGGAAGGAGGAGGAGGAGGAGGAGCGACAGAUGAUGGAGGGAGAUGAAGAUCUCUUCACCUACACCAGAGAGGAUGCCUACAACAUGGAGUAUGUAUUUGAUGCAGAGGAUGGCCAUACAGAAAUCAUGCCGCUUUGGACUCCACCCACACCACCACAGGAUGACAAUGACAUUUACAUUGACUCUGUGAUGAUGCUUAUGUAUGACACCACACCUAUGCCAGAGUCUAAGCUGCCUCCUAUCUACAUCCGCAAAGAGCACAAGAGACUCAAAAUGGACCCCUCAGCAGCAGCCAGAAAGAAGAAGAAGGGCCAUGGAGAGACGGUCAUUCCACCACGCUCCCUUUUCGAAAAGGCCAGCAUGCUGAAAGUUCGCCGUGAGGGCAAGGACCAGAAAAAGAACUUCUCCCUCAAACAGCAGGCACCCUUUGCCAAGCCCUUACCCUCGCUGGUUAAACCUGCCAUGGAGGCUGGCCAGGACAACCCAGAGUGGCUCAUCAGUGAGGACUGGGCUCUGCUUCAGGCUGUAAAGCAGCUGCUGGAGUUGCCGCUGAACUUGACAAUCGUGUCUCCUGCGCACACUCCUAACUGGGAUUUGGUGAGCGAUGUGGUGAACUCCUGCAGCCGUAUCUACCGCUCGCCCAAACAGUGUCGCAACCGCUACGAGAAUGUCAUUAUUCCCAGAGAGGAGGGCAAGUUGGUGUAUGAGGCCAACCCCAAGAAGAAAACCAAGAGCAUAUACAAGUCUAAGAACAGUCGUCCUCUACGGACCUGUCAGAUCUACACACAGGAUGACAAUGCCACUCACAUUCAGCUCUACAACAGCCGCUUUGAACUCAUGAAGAUCAUUGCCAGCAAGAGGAGCCCACCAAUCAAACCACUGCUCGGCAUGAAUCCAUUCCAGAAGAAUCCCAAACAUGCAUCAGUCUUGGCAGAAAGUGGGAUCAGCUACGACAAGCCCCUCCCUCCCAUUCAAGUUGCAUCUCAACGUGCUGAAAGGAUUGCCAAGGAGAAAAAGGCCCUUGCAGAGCAACAAAAGGCUCAGCAGUUGGCCCAGCAGCAGCAGGCUGGAGCUCCCCAGACCCAGGCUGCACCUGGCCAGGCCCAGGCUCCUGCUGCCGGCCAGGCUCAGGCUCAGGUCCCUCAGACUGCUGCAGUGGCUGGAGCUGCUGCUGUGCCUAAUGCAGCUGUUCUGGCUGGAGCCAUAAAAAAUGCCACAGUGGGCACAACCAUCCAGGCUGCCACUGUAGGGGGGAAUGUGAUUGUGAACACAGUAGCUGGAGUUCCUCCAAGUCCCUUCCAGGCCAACAAACGCCUGGCAUCUCCAGUCAUACCAGGCACCCUGUCUCCUGCUGGUGCAGCAGGAGCCCAGGUGGUCCACGCACAACAGAGGGCCGUUACAACUGCUGCUGCUCCUGCUGAAGUGGUCGCCAUAGCUACAGGGCAGGGUGUUCGAACUGUUACCCCAGUGACCGCAUCUGCAGUAGUUUCUACCACUCUGAGCCCGGUGCAGUCACAGACUCGCCCACUGGUCACUCAGGUCACACCAGCCACAGGUAUGCAAUUGCCACAAGGAAAACCUCUCACCCCGGCACACCUACAGAUGCUCCGACAGCAACAGCUUCAGCAGCACCAACAACAGCAGCAGCAACAACAGCAGGCUUCUUCCCCGCAGAUCAAAGCUGUAGGCAAACCCCAGGAGUUGUUGAAGAUGCACAAGCAUAAAUUGCAGCUGCAACAGCAGCAGCAGCAGCAGCAGCAGGUAGCUGCAGCAGUUGCAGCAGCAGCCCAGGGCCAACAGGCUGCAGGAGCCCAGCAGGCCACCCAGGUUCAACCUGCACAGGCUGCUCAAACCAAUCCCCAGCUGGCAGCUGUGGCAGCAACCAGACCUGGAGCUGUGCUGACCGGCACCACCGUGGCCAACCUGCAGGUGGCCAGACUGACUCGAGUGCCCACUCAGGGCCAAAUUCAGGCCCAGGCAGGACAGACAGCCCAGGUGACUCUCACCAAGCCUCCUGUGGUCUCUGUGCCAGCUGUGGUGUCAUCGGCUGGUGUCACUACACUGCCAGUCACCGUAGCAGGCAUUAGUGUGGCUAUCGGUCAAGCCCAGAAAACAGGUGGGCCCGUGCUGACGCAAUCCUUCCCCCAGAUGCAAGUCCAGCAGCUGCUUCAGAUGAAGAAACAGCAGCAGCAACAGGCGGCAGCGGUUCAGGCAGCAGCCGCAGCCCAGCAGAAAGCAGGGCAGCCACAGCAAGGACAGGCCACUGUGCAGCAGAAGAUCGGCACCCAGCAGGUGACAGUGCAGGCGGCCCAGCCUGCCCAGCAGCCGCAGCAGAAAGUGACCUACGCUGCUACUACCCAACUCCAACCAGGGAUCAAGACCCAGUUCUUUACUACAUCCAUAACCCAGGCUCAGAAAACCACUGGAGCGCAACAAAUCCAGAUGGCAAAGCUCCCACAAAUAGUGCAGCAGCAAUCCACUGUGGCCAGUAUGCAACAAAUUGUGUCUUCUCCUCAGCAGAUCCAGGCCCAACCUCAGGCUGUGACUCUGACCCAGGCGACCGCAUCAACUCCUGCUCAAGUGCAGAUGAUUCCCGCUGGGACGGCCACAGCCCAAGUCGUUCAGCAGAAGAUCAUCCAGCAGCAGGUAGUGACUGCAGCUGCCUCACCCCAGAUCCAGACGCCUCCUCCCCACAGCCCCGCCCAGCAGCCAGUGGCACCCUCUGCUGCCGAGUCCCCAGUGCAGCAGCCCGCUCAGCCCCAACAGCCAAACAAGGGUCAGGCUCGCCAGGGGGGCAUCAGGGCCAAAACUCCUGCCAAGCCCAGCGGGGGGGCCAGCUAGGAGAGCCACAUUAACGAAACUGAAUUUCUUAAGUGUUUUCUUGCAGUGCGGAUGUAACAGUACAGUUGUGCUGAAGCGUUCUUAUGGAUCCCACAGUAGCUGAGGGCACAGACGGACGUUCUGCCACAUUCUUAACCACACCGAACCUUUAAUCUUAACCUGAGCAUAACACAACACAACAUAACACAUUUCACCAUUUCGGUGCUCAUAUCUAAACUGUUUUGGCUGAUCCAUCACUGCACUUCUGGCCAUAAUUCUGGUGAGAUCUAUAAUUUUCCAGUACUGAAUCAACAAUGUUUCUUCAUUUGUUUAUUUGAUUCCGGAAACGUGGAAUGUUUCUUGAAAUUACCACAACUUAAAAAUUUCCCCCACAGCUACUGCCUACUCCAUCAAAUGAGAGACACAACAUGCCUUCAAAGUGAUGAUCAUAAUAUUACUCAACAGAUAUGAGGCUGAGGCUUAUGGGUAAUUCUGGAUUGGGGAAUGAGCUGUCCAUUAGAAUAAGUGUAUUCAUAAAUAGUCCCUUUUAUGUCUAAUGCCCUUGGUGUCUAUACAUACUGAAUGGAGAAUAAUGCACGUUCCUUUAGUCAUUUGUUUUUUAUUGCAGCAAAUACACUGUAAACAUGUACUUUAGUAUUUUGUGUUUUCUCAUAAAUUGUCUUUUUUUAUUGAUGUCAAAGAAAAAAAAACUGUAAAUAUAGACAAAAACAUUUGUACUUGUAAAGUAGUUGUGUUUUCAUUGGGUUUUUUCAGCCUGAUUGUAAUAAAGUGUUUUGUUUUUAUACACAAAUUCAUCUUUUCCCCUUUGAUUUCUUUUUUCCCCA